GGAUGUAAUUCCGCAGCAUUGACCUGUAUGACGGGUCAUUCAGAAUUUUAAGAGUAUAGUCACUAAGUCCGUCGCAUCGUCCGUUCAGAUUCAAUUUCACCAGCAGGUCGGUACCGAGGCGAAGAUGUCGGACGCUAAGAUGUGGAAUGGAGGUAUGUGCGACUGCUGUCUUCCUGGGGGCGACGGCAAGGACGGCUGCUGCCUCUGUAUGCAGACCUUAUUAUGCCCUUGUGUGACAUUCGGACAGAACGUGCAACGAGCCGGCGCAGGCAGUUGUGUACUCCACGGGCUCCUCUACUUCAUCAUCACCACGGUGCUCUGCCUCGGACUUCUCUUUCUCGCUUAUCUUUUCCUGUAUCUUUGGCUUGGUGGACUUGUGAUUCUGCUGCUCGCCUUGGGGCUGUAUGGCGGUUGCUGUAGAGCUCAGAUUAGAAACAAGUACAACCUUCCAGGUGGACCUUGUGGGGAUUGUUGUCAGCACGCGUGCUGCUGCUUCUGCUCGCAUUGUCAGGAGUACCGAACCUUGACCAACUUUACCCACGGAGAAGGGACAGGACACCGCGGCAAUCAAGCCCUUCCCAUGGUCGCUCCUCCUGUGACUCGACUCUAUCUGAAAAGCAGCUCGAUCUAAAAUGUAUCUGACCCCUGUUAGGGCAAGGCCUGGAUGCACCUGGCCGCAAUUACGUUCAGAGACAAGUUAAGAGCGUCCCAGUCUGACACUCCGAAUAUGUCCUGAGUUUGCCGUGUGCAUUUUGGUCAGUAGACAUGGCGGUGCUUGUUAUCGGAGGCCAAUGAUACUCACACUGUCUCGCACUGGCUCUAUCUUUGAGUGCAUCUGACCACUUUUAGGGCAACGUGUGGAUGCAUCUGAUCACUUUUAGGGCAACGUGUGGAGGCAUCUGACCACUUCUAGGGCAACGUGUGGAGGCAUCUGACCACUUUUAGGGCAACGUGUGGAUGCAUCUGACCACUUUCAGGGCAACGUGUGGAUGCAUCUGACCGAAUUACGUCCACAGAGAGGCUGAAAAGUCCCGGACAGUGAGUAUGCCCGGAGUUUCUCUUUUGAAAUGUGCAGUUUGGUCAAACGAGAUAUGACCGUGCUUGCUACACGAGUCUAGUUUCGAUUUUUUUUAUUUUUUUUUAAUUUAAAUAAACGAGUCUAGUUUCUCCAGUGGGGGCUGAUAAUCCGCUCAUUUCAAUUUGGUGUCAGUUUGACGGUGAUUUCCUGGGCCUGUGAAGAGUGCCAUCUAUACGACCAAGGUUUAUAUCAGGACAUCGGCAGGUAUGCUGCAGUCCGCUGCUGACCACCGAGCAGCGCGUUUGACUUCUUUCCAGUGCCAACUUCCAAGCUGAGCGGCCCGGCGCUCAUGUGCUGGGCAGAGAGUGGGAUUAUGGCAAGGAGGGGGGAGGAACUUAUGGUAAGCUAUGCGCGUGACUUAUGCUGAUAUCAGGGAUACGGCGAUGACUCUAACGAGUUUAACCUAUGCUCAUGGUGAUAUGUUAUAUGGGGAUAUGGUUAUUCUUGUUGCAAUGCGGUGGUACUUGCCAGCAUCAUUCGGCUCUCGACGCCUCCCGUGAAUCUGCUUUGACCUAUUCGGCCUUGACCAUGGUUGGCCAGACUGAGUCAACGAAGGGUGCUAUGAUGCUAUGAGCUACGGAAGUCGGUGAACUGUGAAGGCCCUGAAGGGUAAAGGGUGUCAGGAUGUGAUUCCGCAGCAUUUCCCUGUAUGACGGGUCAUUCAGAAUUUUAAGAGUAUGGUCACUGUACAGUGUACUUUUUUUCACCUUUUUUUUUUUUUCCCCAUUCACUAAGUUACUUAUUACUGCAGUGAGUUAGGUGUCUUGGGUGAGCUGUAGUCUUGCCUGUGUGACUGUCGUCUGACUUGGGUGACACCGUGACAGGCACCGUGACUGUUGAGGAUGAGCGACGAGGGUUACCCCAUGAGCAAGGUCUCAAUUGUGGGGUGUGAGCUGCCUUCAACCUUGAGAGAAGUGCCGAUUCUGGAGGUUCUGGUGUGAGGUAGGCGAUGUGUGGAAGGGGCCUUGCCACCUUGCUGAUGACGGGCCAGAGGUGGACUUGAUGACCAUGUCAGUGAUGUGGAAAAGUUUUUAUGAUCCAGCAUGGCAAACAAUCUUCUUUUUUUGCAGUAUUGCUUCCAUGAUAUUAGGAGCAUUAGCCGCAAUGGCUCAAAACAAAGUCAAAAAAUACACUCUGCUCUGCCGCUGCAGGCCUGUAGAAGGGGUCCUGGGUUCUGCUGCUGGCCACCUAGUCCUGAUGCGACAUUAAAUAAUUCUUCGCCGGUAGGCGUGUUAUACUAUGAUUGCGAGACAAGACUUGGUACUUCAAAUAACUUCUGGUCGUUUUCCUGCUGCAACCUUAAAUAAUUUUGAGACGUGCAAAGUUUAACGUGUCAGUAAUAACAUUGUUGAAUUUGUUGGGUUAACUCCCAGCUCAACUGCCCAUGCGGCAUGCUGAGGCAGCUGAGCCCUCCAACUAAGUAUGCUGCACAUUAUUUACCCAAGUUGGCCCCCAGUUAAGGGGGUAGGAGAGAGAGAAGCAAGAGAUGGGUGAGUGUUGCCUGUACAGUUGACUGCAAUAAAAAGGCUAUUGAAAA